AUGUUUAUGUUAUCACCGAACGCUAUAAAAAAAAUCCUACAAGCGUAUUCCACAAAUAUCAACUUGUCAAUAAGUUUAAGUAAAACGGAUAAAGGUCUCCUCAGUGCUUGGAGUGAUGAAUUCCAAAUAAAGAGGGUCAAUAUCACUACGAGGUUCAGGGUGCAGAUGAUGAAACAUAAAGAUCACAGUUUUAGGAGAAGUGCUUUCGAUAAAAAAUGGAUCAAGUGUUUGGAUAUUUACUCAGCUGAUAUAGAUGCAUCAGAGCACAUGUAUUAUGAAAAUGAAAGUGACUGCCUGAAGACUGUCAACGCAGAAGACGCAGAUAAGAGGAAAGGUUUAAAACAACUAGAAAGAGAGGCAUAUAGAAAGAGAUGGCUACAACAACACCUUGCAAAGGUUAAUAAUGAUGAAGAUAGAAGCAAUGGGAGAGCUUUAUUUGAAAUUGACCACAUCCAUGAUCUUCUUGGAAGAGUGCCUCAACGUAAAUCUGUCGUCUUACCUGGAUACGGUCAGAGUUGUAAUGGAUUCAUUAAAUAG